ACUGCUCUUGUCCCCGAUUGGUCCGCACGCUUGGCCCCGCCCCUUUAGCGGCAGGAUUUACCGCAGCCUGCCGCCCGCAGCAGCAGAAAGAAAGUAGUACGGAGCAGAUGGUGGAGCACCUGCCCCCACACGGCGAGCGUUAAGUGUGUCCGCGUCCCUCCCGGUUCUUUGUGUUUUGAUCCCGGUUUUCGUCUCUUUAUGCUGAAAACCGAGACCCUUCAUUCAUAAUGUCGUGAUGCGCGUCACGAACAAAAAGUGUGAAACUACGCCAGAGUUUCUGCGUUUGGAAAAACUCCUGCUUUGCGCACUUCAGAGGAGUAAAGAUCUCCACGUUCCAGCCGUGAGAAUCCUCAGCAGCAGCCCGCUCCUGCACGCCCUCUUCCGCCUCCGGAGCACGAUGCCUCCCGGUGUGGUGACCGCCCCGCGCAGCUCCUCGGUCGGCUGCUUCUGCGCCUGCUGCGGGGGGAAGAUGAGACCCCAUUUAACCGAGAACUCCGUCAUCUCUCAGAGGGAAAUCUAUCAGCUCAUCAGUGAAAGUUUCCUGACAGUUAAAGGAGCUGCUCUCUUCUUACCUCGAGGAAAUGGCUCCUCCCCUUCAUCAGCUUCUCGGUUCUCCCAGCUGCGAAGUAAACAUGCAGGAGACAUCCAGCAGCAUCUGCAGACCAUGUUCACCCUCCUCAGACCGGAGGACAACAUCAAGCUGGCGGUCCGUUUGGAGAGCUCCCACGCUCAGGUGACCCGCUACAUGGUGGUGGUCUCAACCGUCGGGCGUCAGGACACAGAGGAGAGCGUGGUGCUGGGGAUGGAUUUCAGUCCAGUAGAUGGCUCGUGUUCAGUUGGGUUGGUUUUGCCUUUAUGGAGCGACACCUUGAUCCACCUGGAUGGAGACGGAGGAUUCAGCGUGUCAACUGAUAACAGGGUGCAUGUAUUCAAGCCUGUGUCUGUGCAAGCCAUGUGGUCGGCCCUACAGUCGCUGCACAAAGCCUGUGAAGUGGCUCGCUGCCACAACUACUUCCCUGGCAGCUUGUUCCUCACCUGGGUCAGCUACUACCAGAGCCGGGUCUCAUCCGACCAAGCCCGCAUCAACGAGUGGAACGCCAUGCAGGAUGUCCAGUCACACCGCGCCGACUCACCCGUGCUCUUCUCUGAUGUACCUACAGAGAGAGAGCUGACAGAGCGGCAGAUAAAAACCAGCCUGAGGGAAAUCAUGAUGCAGAAAGACCUUGAGAAUGUCACCUGCAAAGAGAUCCGAACCGAGCUGGAAAUGCACAUGACCUGCAACCUGCGAGAGUUCAAGGAGUUCAUCGACAACGAGAUGAUUGUCAUUCUGGGCCAAAUGGACAGUCCUACGGAGAUCUUUGAUCAUGUCUUCCUGGGAUCCGAGUGGAAUGCUUCCAAUUUGGAGGAGCUGCAGAAGAGCGGGGUUCAGUACAUUCUGAAUGUAACCAGGGAGAUCGAUAACUUCUUCCCUGGCGUGUUUGAGUAUCACAACAUCCGCGUUUACGACGAGGAGGCCACGGAUCUUCUUGCUUAUUGGAACGACACCUUUAAGUUCAUAUCCAGAGCAAAGAAAUCUGGAUCCAGGUGUCUGGUGCACUGUAAAAUGGGAAUAAGUCGCUCUGCAGCCACCGUGAUCGCGUAUGCCAUGAAGGAGUUCGGCUGGGAUCUGAAAAAAGCCUUUGAUUAUGUGAAGGAGCGUCGAACUGUGACCAAACCCAACCCUUCGUUUAUGAGACAGCUGGAGGAAUAUCAGGGCAUACUCCUGGCCAGCAAGCAGAGGCACAACAAACUGUGGCGUUCUCACUCUGAUAGCGACCUGUCUGAGCACCACGAACCUCUGUCCAAGUCCUACGCCCAACCCCACAGCCUAGGCCGCUCAGACCCCCACAACCAGGCCAGCAGCAUGCUGGGUCCGUCAGUCAAAGAACUGCUGGAAUCACUGGGAAGUUCAGCAAGCACUGGAAAAGAAUCGCACUCUAAGAGCCAGCCUGACACCGGCGUCUAUUCCAGCCAUCUUGGCUCUUCUUCCUUCGGAGGGGCAGCUGCUCUAUCAGGUGACGCUGUAGCUCAGAGCCUCAAGGGCCCCCCUCAUGCUGAUAAAGCCCCCAGCAGGCAGCUGGACUCCUCCACUGCUGGUUCUGUGUCUUCGUCUCCUCCUCUCUCCAAUGGCCUCUCUGACUCGGAGGAGCAGCCCUCAUACCCUCCCCUCUCCCAGCCAAAGGCUGCCACGGUGGUGCCUGAACCCCAGAGGACAGAAAUAACUGUUGCACAAAGCAUUUUGGUGGGUCAGCCUCACCCUCCCCCAUCUGUCCACCACCUCCCCCUUUCUCCCCCAUCAUCCCCUGCUCCGGCAUGCAGGGGCGAAGCUGUCAGACCGGAGGUGUCAUGCUCAGUCAGCGACCAGCAGACUCCCGGGUCGUCUUUAGGCGGCGCGUUGAGCCACCCUCCGUUCUCUACUGACUCUUUGAGCCUUUCCAACGUUCCUCCGCAGGACAACGUGCUGUUGUUUGGACAUAGUGCCGAUCACAUCAACUUUUUUAGUGCCAGAGAAAAGUUCAAGGGAAUGAGUGAUGAUGGCAAGCCUCACCCCGCUGCAGCGCAGCAGCCCACUCUCCUGAAGAGUGCUGCUAAAGAGCAGCUGCCGCUAACUCAGGAGGUCCCAGAUGGUGAGGUGAAGGAGGAAGAGAAAAAGCAGGAAGUGCUUGUUCCUGUGCAGGUCACGGGAGUGAAGCCUACAGAGACACUCGGCCAACAAGACCCGCUAACCCCCCCCCACAGCCAAGAACUGACAAAGCCCAAGCAGGAAGUGGAGGAACAAGAUGUUUGUUCACCGAAGGAAGUGAAAACUAAAGAUGACGAGGAAGCGGCGCCUGCCCCUCGUCUCUACAGCGAUUGGACGAGGGGGUCCGUGCGGCGUGUCACCCAACAGCUCGAGCAGCGAAUGAAACAAGAACACGAGGCGCCAACUCCCUCCUCCUCUCUGCCGUCCCUCUCUGGUUACACCAACCAUCAGCGGCGUCCUAACAGCAUUCAUUCUACAACCGUGUCACCACCACAGGACGCAUCAGCUGCUGGCAGUGGGAGGGGGGGUGAGGAUGGCACGUUUAGACCAGCUAAUGAGGGGAACACUCAGGUAAAUGAGACGGGGGUCCCUGUGCCUAACGACAAAGGCACAAAAGGAGACGAUCUCCAACCUGACGAUGCCAGAUCAUUCUCUACCUCGCUACCUUUGUCUACCCAAUCUCCGUUUGCCUCCGUCAACUUCCUUUGUCUGGAGGGCGUGACUGAAUUGGAGUCGAGCGUAGACUGGGACGGUUUCACAGAAGGAUCCCGCAGUCAGAUCAUCAUGAGGGACACAUGGGAGACUCUGUGCGAGUUGGGGGCCUUCCUGCACCAAGUGAGCAUGGCAGGAGCCUGCAAGUCCAGGCGUAUAGGCCAGGCGUUGGGAACCGCUCAGAAACGAGGAAGCAGGUUCCAGAAAAAGGCUAGAGAAGUGGAGGCCAGGAUUCGCCAGGCAGGUCUAACCCCUCCUUCUCUGAUGAAGCGCUCAGCCUCACUGGCCAAACUCGGCUGCUUGGAGCUUCUUCCCAAUGAUCUGAGCGAGUGGGAGCUCGGCUGCUCUGCUGUGGCUCCGCCCUCGGCACAAGCCCCAGUCAACGACGAGUCCAAGAAGCAGCGGGUCCACAACUCCCCUUCCUCUGGCAGCAAGCAGCCUGAAGGGGUUGAGCUUACUCCCGCGAGGCUUUCUAAAGCCGGAGAAGGUUUACCAGGAAUUUCAGAACCCUUGAAUUCAAAUCCACAUAGAGAAAAACUCCAAAACACCAGUCAGGACUCUCUGCUAUCUCCUGUACCAACACUUCUGACAACAAGGCAACAAUAUGGAAGGACUCACCCUCUGAGGCAGCUUAAGAAAAGAACUGUUAGCACCCUGUACCACACCAUGUAAGGCUGCGUGUCUGUCUGUGAGAGAGGAUCACGUGCAUAUGUUUGUUCAGAUAAACAAAAAUGCCUCUUGCCUUAAAGAAUUUCUUUAGUCGUUUUUUUACGUUUUCCCUUACAGGUCCUUCAAGAACCCCAGAAAUCUGUGAAAUCAGAGCAGUGACAAGGCUGUGAAGGUUUCAUUGAACUGAAAGUGAGAGUUAGUCCAAAAACUGCGCUUUACACACUUGUUUUGAUCUAGGAUACGCCUGAGCCUGUACACACUCACUGCAAACAUCAUCGCUGGUUUCUUUUCACUCGAUCCCUGUUCUGUGCAGUGUUUAGUCUUUAUUCUCAGCGGAUACCUGCUGGUUAUGUUGCGGCGGUAGCUGGGAUGUAAACUAAACAGAUGAACUGAGACUUAAACGGGCCGGUUUGGGUUCAGUUAAUUCAAAUUUGGCAGAGCAUUUCCUUGUUGAGCAACUGAUGCUGCAGAUUUGUGACUUCCUGUAAGGGAAAGGUGAAUCGAGGAUGAGAUUAAAUGGUUGUUUAGAGUAAAUGAAAAGAAAGAAGGAAUGUUUCCUUUUAUUAUUUCAGCCUCUCUGGUUUGUUAGAAUGUUCUCCUCAGUCUGAAGUAAUUUUAAUGACAUUGCUUAAUAAACUGGAACAAACUGAUGCGCGUCUUCAGUUGUGAUGCCACUCAAAGUGGAUUUUUAUUUUUUACUGCAACAGUAGGUUUGGGGGCUAAAAGUUAAAGGCAGAGUGUGUGUUUGUUUCCUGCUGUUUCCUUUGGCUUGUAAAGGUUCAUUGUGAGUGCUGUAUUUUUGUUUUUACAUGUUUUUUGUUUUUUUUAAUCUUUUUGUCCAGAUUUUAGGAGUGUGCCUCUGACUGGCAAGUGAAGCUUCUCUGCAAUCAGAAAUGUCUGCACAGGGACGUCUGUCAUCCAUGCACUUUACUCCCGUUUAAAAUUUUAAACUUAUUUUCUUUUAUUCAGGAUGCUAGUGUAGGUGUUGGGUAUGUGUGUGUCCAUUGUAAACAGCAUUUUUGUUUUAAAGUCAUUGUAAAUAUUCUUUUAUAUUAUGUGCAUCAACUGUGACCAUUAAACAAUGGAGAUUUAAGAA